AUGAUUGGGUGGCGUCUGAGGCAUAGCCUGCUAUCCGAUGUGAUGCUGCGACCGUGUAAACUUCCCAUUUGUACGGAGGUAAACUGCCACUUUUCCUUCGCGAUUGUAUUUGCCUGGUUAAUUAUACAUGGGUACCAAAAUAUUUUGUCUCAUCCCUCAUUUGCCCUAGCACACCAGUGGCUCCAAUAUAAGCUGCUCGAUCUUGAAAGUCAACCAGCUACCCAUCUGGUGCCAAAUAUCUGGACACCUAGUAGUCGGAUAAUCAGGAUCCAGGAUGUCGAGUCAAUCAGAAGCCAGCAGACCAUCUAUUUGAUGGACGAAGAACUCACUACGCCUAAUCUUGCUGGUGGAUUGUGCUUUCACCAUCUCGUAGACCACCCUCCCCAUGACGGGGAUGAAACACAAGUGCGAUUUCUGUUGCAAAACGGCGGUGAUGUUCACGUAAAUAACGAGGAUCGUCAGACACCCCUUCUCCUUGCGGCAAAACGAGGACACUCGGAUUUAGUACGAUUGUUACUAAAGCACGGCGCCGAUAUCGACUCAGCAGACAAAGAUGGAUCAAAAGCUGGAGAUGUGUUGAUAGUCCAGUUGCUUUUGGAAGGAGAUGUCAACAUUGAUGCAAUAGAUGAUGGUGGGAACACAGUUUUUGUUCUUGCGGAGAUGGCAGGCCAUCAGAAAGUGAUGGAUCUACUUGAACAAAGUGACGAAGACGAAAAUGAAGAGAGUACUGACCAAGGUAGUACAGAAGAUAAGGCAGCCCAGGCCGACGACGAUCUCGACUCAAUUACAGUACCCCCCGAAGAGGUCAUACAAAGCAGAGUCCACAAAGUGCUAUUUUCUCCAGACGGCCAGCUGCUAGCAACUGAAUCACAAGACAAGGAGAUAAGUCUUUGGAACGUACAAACUGGGAAUUUGGUAAAGACGUUCAAGGGCUACGGCUUGGUCUUUUCCGCAAAUGGACAGCUGGCGGCCUUUGCAGAAGACGACAAAGUGGUGGAAAUCUGGAAUACCAUGACGGGGGCUCUGGUGAAAGCAUUCAAGGGCCACCAAGACUAUGUCAGCAAAGUGAUUUUCUCCCCUGACGGGCAAUUUCUAGCCUCUGCAUCACGCGACGGUACGGUCAGGCUCUGGAAGGCAGAUACAUUGUGGAGGUCUUCCUUGGCCAAGCACUGGUCUUCUCCCCAGACGGACAGAUGUGGCUACAUCUGUCGGCCAUGUCAGCCGAGGGAGGUUCCUCUCGGACGGACAAGUGAUAGUUUGGGGGAAGAGGUUCUCAUUGAGAAUGUGCAGUUUGGAAUGGACGGACCGGAGAACAGGAGACUUGGCAAGGAGAUUUCGUGGCUCUGGACCCGAUCCAGAAAACCUUUUCUCCAGAUGGGGAGAUACUGGCCGCUGGUUAUUAUAUCUGAGAAUGUAAAAACCAAAGAAACCUCGCGGAUCCUCGACGGCAUUCCGCUUGGAACGAUAACAUCCUCCCCGGAUGGACAAAGACCUUGUCAGGCCAUUCAAAGAACGUCAGCCCAUGGGAAUGUCGAAACGUCCUACCCAAUCCAACAGAGCAACUAUACCUACAGCUUCUUGGAUCAAAAUCCGGAUAGCUGGGCAAUUGGGGAUAACCCUUGGAACGUGAGCAAGGAAAGAUUCAACGAUGUGGGCAAUUCAAUUCCUUUGUGCACACUCUACAACACCAUGGCCAUGGGAGAGUGUCUUCUAUCCCGUACGGAUAAAUAUCGGCCCGAAGGUCAUGUGAUCUUUACAAAGAGAGGGCUUGAUACUACAGAGUACCUAUACUCAAAUCUCCCCAAAAGCAUCAACCAAUCACCUCGGCUAUACGCCGCCGAAGAUGGCGAUUUGAAGCUUGAACUUGACACCGAAUUGCAUCCUUAUUCCGUCAACCAAAUCGAUCACUUUAGCUGCGAGACACAUAACUACGCGGAUAAUAAUCGAGGACACGACUUCAUUGGCUGUAAAGCAUACCACACACCAAAACAUAAACUGCCGUACAGAACACCGUACGAAUUCUUGGAGACAAUCUCACCACGUAUUCGCGGAGUUAACACAUUAAAUGCAACACUUCCUAACCGGAAACAACCGGCGAAAAGGCGAACUCAGCCCCGGAAAAUAUAUGAUAUAUUCAAUCUAUUUUUCCAACACUCGGUACCGUUACGAUCAUGUGAUUUGAAUCUCGGAUCAAAGAACCGAGGAGAAAGUCGCCCCGGAAAAAUCCAGACCCUUGCCCUUAAUGCUGUCUGGAGACUAUCCGUCGUGCCCGAUAAUAAUACUCUGUAUCCUGAUCCACGUAAGAAAGAGCCACAUACUGGCGCCGGCAUUUUGCCGAGCUGA